UUUUAUAUGUUUAGUGGUCAGUUUAGACUAUUUCAUGAAUCAUUGCUUUUUUUCAGACUUUGCGUUGUACAUUUAAAUAUCUGAUCAACGAAACCAUACAUCUAACGGCAUACAGUAAACGGUAUUAACAACGAUUACCAAGAACUCCAAACUUCUGCGAGACGUUUCUCUCAGUUCUUAAACAGGUUGACUAACGUUUGCGGCACUACGAUGCACUAUUUCACUUACCGUGAUCGCAUUGAGGACAUCAAGUAGAAACUGACCUGGCUGCUGUUACGGUUUUCUAACUUCGUUGUUCAACAUAACAUAAAAAUUACUACCAAACAUUGCGUUUCUGCUUCUCGGUGGAUAUCGUGCUUUACUUGCAUCUUUUGACAAUCGGAUGAGAAACACGAAAUGAAACUUUUUGCCAACAUCAUCCAGAUUGUGGCUGCUCUCCAGCUUCAAUUUCCACCUGCUCAGAGUCUUCCUUUAUCCAGCGCAAACACUACCUCCGGAGUGAUGCUGUUCCAGGAGGUGUGGGGGCGCAGUUUCUGCCGCACCAUUGAGAAGCUGGUGGAGGUGGUGCAGGAGUACCCUGCCGAGGUGGAGCACAUCUUCAGCCCCGCCUGCGUGCCCCUGGUGCGCUGCGCCGGCUGCUGCGGCGACGAGAAGCUGGAGUGCCACCCAACGCGCACCUCCAACGUCACCAUGCAGUUGUUGAAAAUCAAGCCGGCAGGGGAGGAUCAAGAAUAUGUUGAAAUGACUUUUGUGGAGCACCAGACAUGUGAAUGUAGACCCAGAAAGGUGGCGCUGAAACACGGAAAACGGAGGCCAAGAGGAAGAGGAAGGAAGAGGAAGGAUAGACAAAGAGUGAAAGACUGCAACACGUGUCAGCCUCCUCGCAGGUAACUGUAGCCAUGCCCCCUGCCACGGCCUGGUUCCCUAUUUAUUUUCCGCUCAGCGCCAACAGCAUGGACAGUCUUCUAAGCACUUUUUGGAUACUGUGUCACCCUCUGCGCCGGAGACUUGAGCACCGGGGCUGCAGUGGUGAAGCUCCCUGCUCCCACAGGGUGACACGGGAGCAGUAGGUCCCCCUGGGAAGUCACAGUCACGAGGGGAGCAAACGAGCCUCGUGUCAAUUGAUUGGACAGCAGGAGCAGAGCAGUGAAGGACCAAGCUCAAAGGUGGAGACUGAAAAAGA